GUUACACUCCGCAGCCAGGCCAUGCUAGACGCCGCCGCCGCCGCUCGUACACAACAGCCUUCGCAUUCUUCGGAGAAGUGAAAGCAGUUUCAGGGAAAUUCUGGUGGCGGCUGGGCGUUCGUUCGCCACAAGGCAAGAAUCGGUCGUGUGACGUUUCUUUCGCCUUAGUUGCAUACAGUGAUACCACACUAUAUAGUAGAGGAAAUCUUAAUCUCGGGGGAAGAGACCCCUUUCUCUUCCUUUUAUCGGGUUCACCCGAAGCAUACUAAUCGGGCUUGUUAUGAAAUCCUUGCCCUAAGGAGACGUGUAUAUAUCUACGUGUGUGUGCAUAAGCGCGAGAAGCAGAUGGCGAGCUCGGGCGCAAUUCUGUGCCCCGCGGUGAGAUAAUGGACAGGCGUCAUGAGGCACCUACUACGUGGAGAACGUUGCGAAAUCAUCGUCGAAGGAGAAUAGAAAAGCGCUGCUCAUUGAAUACCAGGUCACAAAAUGGUAUCGAGGCGGAAGAUACUUUCGCGCUCGCGGGAUAAUCUCGUGGAAUCGCAAUACGAGGAACAAGACGAAGAGGAUGUAUGGUAUAAUUUGGAUAAAUUGUACAAGGAUCAUAUACAGGAGGUCUUAGAUAAAUGGAAUCAAAUAGAUGACGAAAUUUGGGCGAAAGUCAUCGUCUUCGAGAGAAAUAGACGUGUUGCGAAAGCGUAUGCCAGAGCACCUGUUCUCACGAUAAAUGGCUCGAAUGACGGAUUCGAUGGAUUUAGGAUAGGACUUUGCGGAUUUGACAAUCCUAUGCGGGAUCCGAAAACGGAGGAGGCGAAACGUCACAUAAAUCAGGGAGUCAAAAUAAAGAUGGACGAGCAGGGCAACAUACUCAUCAAGAGAUUAUGUAAGAACAACGUGUACGUCAAGUCGACGAAUCAAGAGGACAACGCAAUCGGUCCGGAGAUCAUACGUAAUUCGCAGGGCGCGCUCGAACACGAAAAACCCGGAAAGCUGUUCGACAUGAAUAAAUUCCAAACGAAUCUAUCGCGGGAAACGCGAAGGGCUUAUCCGGACAGACGGCGAUUGGAGAUGCAGUGCCUGAGCGCCAUUAUAUUUGUAAGAACGGAGAUGGAUUUACUUCAAUGUCCCGUAUGGGUACUCAUCGUCAACGUGGUCGGACUGGAUAUGCUCAAGUCGAAGCUGCCGCCAGUUUUAGCACUACAAAGGCCGGUAGAUAUAAAGAAUAGACCUAGAAUACCAAUCCCCGACGAAGAUCCUUAUAGCGUGGCCGGCGUGUCGUCGUCCGUAGGACCUAGCGAAUUAAUGCCGCAUGACAGAGAGUCGCGAGAGCAAAUCUAUAUGCAAUCGACGAGCUAUCAACAUCGACGCGCCGAGAGACCGCCGAAGUUGCCCCCUCGAGAAAAUCUCUACGGCCACGGUAUCCCGAAGCCUGAUUACGACGAUAUAGAAGAUGACUAUACCAGAGCGAUGAAGCACCCUAUGAACGAGGAGAAGCGAAGUAAACACGACGACAGGAAAAAAUACGAUGACCCAUAUUAUUGUGGUUUACGAGCUCGUGUGCCCAAUUUCGUUAAAAUGGCGAGGAACGGUCACAGUAAGAUAGGUCCUCUGCCUCCUCGAGGACACUCCAGGACACAGCCGGCUCCGUCUUACGCGGGAACUGCAUACGCUAGUAGUCAAUCUUCUCAGAUAUACGGGCAUUUGCCCGCCCAUCGACCACCCAUUAUGUAUCAUGCAAGAAGUUUCGAAAGCGGACUUGAUUCGGACAAUAGGAACGAGUCACCGUAUAAUCACAUAUACGGAAGGUUACCGAUCCCGACGAGAGGCGUAAUACCUCCAACACCGCGUGCUAUGUAUAUUGGAGAGUGGGAUUAGAUAUAAAUGAAAUAUCUCGGCGUUUGUACUUAUAAACUCUCUGUAUAUUGUUAAUACAUCACAUAAAUACUCAUAUUUUUAUGCUAGCAUCUA